GAAAGCCAAUUUCUUAAGUUGCAAAUUAGGCGAAAUUCGAGAGCCUAGAAAGUUGAGGUCAGCCUCCUCCUCCGGGGGAAAUACAAUAGACAUCUAUGUUUGCAUCCAAAUUGAUCUCGCUAUAAACUGCGAUAUAAUCCAACUCCUCCUACUCUUACAUCCUCGCUUUUCUUUUCUGAAUUAUUUUGGUAUAACAAUAUUUCAGGCCUCACCCACGUUCUUCUCCUCUUCAGGCGAGUAAUUUAUUGUUCGUAUAACCCAGUUUGGAUGGGUUUAGGGAAAAAAAUUGGAUCUUGAAUUGGUUUUUAUUCGUUAGGCAAGAAUAUGAUGAUAUUUCUUCAUGUAGAUUCGAUAAUUGGUGGCUAUUUAAUUAGGUGUACAUCUAUCUGCAUCUUUAUCAUGCACUUGUCCGAAAUUUUAUUCUAAUACUGAUUUAUCUUCUGGAGCUGAAGCUCUUAUGCUAAUUUUAUGCAAUCUGUUUUGUGCAUCCAUUCAAUGUUCGUUUUCCAUUGUAUCCUUUGAUGCAGUAUUUAUUGGAGCCAAUUUUAUAGUAUCCUCUGAUGCAGUACUUAAAGGGAUCUUGCUAAUCUGAAUUUAUCUUGUUUAUAGUAAUGUGUAGCCAAUCUUAAUCCGUCUUGUUUAUAGUAGUAGUAAUUGUUUUCUGGCUUGUACUAGACUUUUACAGGGUGUAGUUUUUAAUUGUGUAUCAUCGAAUAAUAAUAAGGGUUUCUCUUCAGUUAUAUUCUAUCAUUAUUUUCUAUGCAAAGUUAUGCAAUUUGAAUUCUUCUGAUCAAGAAAAAUAUUUGGGAUAGAAUGGAUUUGACACUUCAUUUUCUGCCAAUGUGAAUCAAGAUUUGAUGGUAGGCUCUGAAAGUUAAUAAAGGGCUAGUGCGUGGAGUGAGUGCUUGUGGUGAAUCAAUGUCGGGUAUAUGAAGGUAGAAGUAGUUUAUCCAUUUAAGUCCGUGAUGUCGAGCUCAAAUGCAUCUACAUUGCUGUUGCCAUCGGAAUGCUCAGGACAUGCAAGGCAAUUGGAAAGCUCAAAUGGAAACCGUUAUCAACCUUUGUUGCAUCAAAGUUGGAGCUCCUCCCAGGGUCCUGUUGCUAUUCUUUGGGACAUGGAGAACUGCCCCGUGCCAAGUGAUGUGCGAUCUGAAGAUGUGGCUGGUAACAUUAGGAUGGCUCUGCGGUUUCAUCCUGUAAUCGAUGGAGCUGUAACAAUGCUUUCUGCAUACGGGGAUUUUAAUGCUUUCCCCAGACGAUUAAGAGAAGGAUGCCAGAGAACUGGUGUGAAGCUCAUAGAUGUCCCCAAUGGACGUAAGGAUGCAGCCGACAAGGCAAUAUUGAUCGACAUGUUCCUUUUUGCUCUUGAUAAUCCCCCACCUUCAUCCAUCAUGCUGAUCUCAGGAGAUGUUGAUUUUGCUCCUGCUCUCCAUAUUCUUGGUCAGCGAGGAUAUACCAUAAUUCUUGCUAUUCCUUCUCGAGUGGGGGUGUCAUCUGCCCUUUGCAAUGCAGGUAGGUUUGUAUGGGACUGGCCUAGUAUUGCUCGUGGGGAAGGUUUUAUGCCCUCGGCUAAAGCAAUGAUUCCAUCUCGUGGAGGUGCAGGGGAUAUUGCAGGGUUCUUGGUGGGAUCUCAUAUUAACAGUAAUAUGGAUGUUGAGAAUGAAGAGGAGUCGAUAGUGUAUAGGGGGGUCUCAAGAGGCUAUUGCAGCACAAGAGAUUUAUCUUCUGUAUCACAGUCUGCAUCCGAGCAUAAAAGUAAUCCAAUUGCAAUGCCCUCGGAUCCUAUGAUUUCCCAAUCUCUUAGCCUUCCAUCUAUUCUGUAUGAAGUUUCAUCAGGAAACCGUGUCUCAUGCAAACAAAACGACACGACUUGGGUGCAGCCCAGAGAUCUAAACGAUUUAAAGGGCCAACUGGUAAGGUUGCUUGAAUUGGCAGAUGGAAAUUUACCUCUUACCCGACUUCCGGCUGAAUACCAAAAAUAUUAUGGGAAGCCUCUGUUUGUUUCUGAAGAUGGGGCAGUUAAGCUUGCAAACCUUCUUAAGAAGAUGGGUGAUAUGAUUGCUAUCCAGGGAAAAAGCCAAAAAAAGUUCGUCUGCCUCCAUAGCUCUAAAUCCGGAGCAGCUAGUAAUCCUGUAAUAUUGUCUAGGAGGGAGAAAAAAGAAAAAGAAUCUCGGGAAGACAACGUUGAUGCAACGGCUGGAAGUGGCUCCUCAGAUGAGUUCUCAGGUGACGAAACAGCUGUAGGAGGAGGAAAUGAUGGUAGGCAAGAAGGAGAAAGUUCUUAUCUUGAGGUUGUUGGUCAAUCUCUAAUUGUUGACAAAAGCCUGAACAAAUUUAAGUAUGAGCUUCAAGAGAUCUUGGUGAGCUACUCUUGCCGGAUAUUUCUUGGUUCUUUUGAGUCCGUAUACCAACAAAGAUACAAAAAACAACUGGAUUAUAUAAGCUUUGGUGUGAAUAAUCUGGAGGAGCUCUUGGGAAAGGCGCGGGAUGUGGUUCUGUUGCAAGAGGAACCCAUAAGUAAAAGAAAGUAUAUGUUUGCUGUUUGUGGCUAAAAGAAAAUCUUGCUCCUGCUUCGUUCAUUGCAGGAACAUCUGCGUCACAUGAGGCUACCAAGUGGGAAUCGCAUGCCUAGGAAAGUGCUGCUCAAGAAUGUCAAUGGACGGGAUAAAUGGAUGGAUAUUUUUAGAUUAUGCAGAUGAAGUAAAUUCUGCAUUCUGUUCUAUGGGAAGCAUUGGAUGUUACAGAUCCUUUCAUAUCAGUAGGACUGCUGCUUCUCGACACUAGGGUUCAUUUAUACAUUAGCAUGCUACGAAUGCUGUUUGUCUCGUUUGGAGUCCUUACAGCUGUUUUGCCUCCUGUUGAGGAGCCAAUGAAUCAGGUAUUAACUCAGCUUUUGCUUGUAAGGCAACUGUGGUUUGAUUUAUUGCUGUGUUUCUCAUGUUCUGAAGUCUUCACUAUAAUAAAUUAUUCCUACCAACUAUUUUCGACAAUUCGCGUUAGGCUUUACGUUGCAGCAAAUCUCAACUUUGCCAACGAAAUGGAACAAAAAUUUAGUGGUGAAGACCUUUUUGCUACUCUCUAUGUCAAUAUUUUCUCUCUUGUUA